UUAAGAAUCUGGAAAUAUGUAAUUAUGUAUUGACUAUUGAUUUGAAACGCAACAGACACUAUCUAAUACAUGAUAUAUCUUUGUUUACGUUGGCGAGAAAUGAAGUCAAAGAGAGAAGCGUCUACAUAUUGGUUAAGAGUUCAUGUCUGAUCGAACAAGAGAGGAAAAAACCGACUUAAGGAUCGGCAUUGCACUGUGCCACUUUAGAAUAUGGGUAAUAUGACAUGUUGUAUGCCUCAUUCUGCCAGCGAUCAUAACUUUGAUAGAAACGCUAUUUACUCACCGAAACGUGGCGAUGCAAGUAACCUAGAUUUACCCCACAUCAGCGAGCGAGAAGAUCUGAGCAACCACCAAGGAACGUUAUUUAUGCAAAGGUCUAUCAAAUUUUUAGGGAGGGGAUAUUUACGUGGAAAACGGGCAAUUUCCAUGAAUGUUGAUCUUCGUCGGAAGCAGAAUGGUGAAGUAUAUUAUAAUCCAAGACUUUCAAAAAAGUGCAGCUCAUGUUCAACAAUUUUCCUUGAUGAUAGCACAGUUAGUCAGCCUAAUUUGAAAUCAAUGGUUAAAUGUGUCUCUGUUGCAGUCUAUUUUCUAAUAAAAUACAGGGAUGCGGAAACUAGAACACUUGAUAUUUUUGAUGAAAAACGACAUCCAUUAACGCGGGAAUAUGUAACAGAUGAUUAUGAUGUGGUGGACCCAACACAAAGACAGAUUUAUAAAUUUAUAAAAACACUGUUCCAUGCUGCACAAUUAACUGCAGAAUGUGCAAUAAUAACAUUGAUAUACUUGGAGAGAUUACUAACAUACGCUGAGAUUGAUAUAUAUCCAGGGAACUGGAAGAGGAUAGUUCUUGGUGCUAUAUUACUUUCCUCAAAAGUUUGGGAUGAUCAAGCCGUUUGGAAUGUGGACUAUUGUCAAAUACUAAAAGAUAUAACAGUCGAAGAUAUGAAUGAAUUAGAAAGAUCGUUUUUGGAAUUUCUUCAGUUCAAUAUCAACGUGCCUUCAAGCGUGUAUGCGAAAUACUAUUUUGAUCUAAGGUCGUUGGCUGAGGAAAACGAACUGGCUUUUCCAUUGGAGCCAUUGAGUAGAGAAAGAGCGAAAAAACUCGAGGCAAUUUCAAGUAUCUGUGACAACAACCUAACAGACUUGUCUUUACCAAAUCUAAAAAGAACUUCAAGUCUCGAUGCAAUGACGUCGAAACGAUCUAGCAUGGCCAUACUGUCAUGACACUGAUUGUGCACAGUAUUCGGCUCGUACUCGUAAACGGUCGCCUGCGAAGGUGGACCCGAGAGGCCUUGAAUCGUAGCGCGUCGGAUGAGACCGUGUUAGCUUAGUCGGUGGAUAAAUUUAAGAGCAUAGUCAUAAAUUUCAAAUCUUGUUACAUAUAUCAAGGUAUAUUAUACGGUAAUUCAAAGAAAUGAAAAUGACCGACUUCGCUAACCCGCGAGCUGAACCUGAAGAGUUUUAGCACGGUUUUCGUAUGAGAUAUAUAUAAUAUGGGUAUAAUGUGCUUGCUGGCUGCAACAAGCUUACCAAAUUGGUCUCAGGAGAUAGUUUUAAUAUUUUACUGUGUGAAUACACGCGAGAAAAACGCUUUAAGACAUUGUAAUAACUGAAAAUUUUUUCAACAAAAUAUGUCCCUAAUUAUUAGUGGCAUUAUAGCUGUGAGAAGUCACAGUACAUCAUGAAAAUAAAAUGAAAAUAAACUCUAGGUUGAGUUCUGUAUUUCUGAACCGUUCUGAAGUAACUUAUUUCGACCUAUAUCUCAAUAGCACAAAAUCCAAUUUUAUCGGAUCCAAUGUACUUCUGAUGUAUGGAAUUACAUAAUUAUUGAUAAAGCAGGACGGCAUUGACUUCAAUUGAUUUGCUACCUAAGUCAAUAGUCUAUAUUCCGUACACUGGAAAAGAAUUGGAUGCGCUAAAAUUGGUUGGUGUGAUACAUAAUAAGGGAACACGUCCUAUUGUCAUGCAUGGCCAAAACCCUAAGAAGAUAGAAUAUCUGCUUGCAUUGAAUGCUUUCUCGCAGAUUAUGUUAUCUGCCCCAUAUGUAAACGCUAUUUAUUACACCAAGACAAGCAAGUGAUUUUUGCUCCUGCGGAAUGAGAAUCGACUCAAGGAACGGAGGAGUUAACGUAGGAUUUUGUUAAAAAUUAAUUAAAAGAUGCUAUGGAACAGCAUGGCAAAAUGAAUAAAGGCGGUUAUCUCCUUAGUAUGAAGGGGACUUUACAUGAAAGAAAUUAAGAAUGAACAAUAUCUUUGAAACAUCAUUUGCGCCUAUCUCAUACCCCUUUUUCAAUUAACGCUGCGCCUGAAUGUAUACAUGUAUUCAGGUUGCCGUAAUACAUCAUAUAUUAGUGAACUUAAGCAAGUGACGUUUUUAACAACAGAAACGGCAUGAGUAACGUCAAAAGACUGGGUCAAGGAUUGUGAUUAGUGGAAAACAAAAACUUUACUUCCGGUCAACGUACGUGUUGUCAAAAACGUCACUUGCUUAAGUUCACUAUUAUUAACGACUUAUUACGCACGAAUAGACCACCUGUUUCUUGAGAGUAAAAUACUAAAGUACGAGGCCGCCAAUAAGUUUUUAAAGAGGAGUUUCUAAAGUGAACGCAAGGACUAGUCUAUUGGGCGCUAUUACUGUUUCCCCAACGAUAGGGUCUUAGUUAGAGAAAAGGGGUGGGAGGGCCUCCAGCCUCCACAAGAUUAGAAAGAAUGGGGUAAUAAGUUGGACAAUUUGUACUUGAAGUCAUGAAACCUUUACUAUAAAAUCAUUCGUCUGCCCCAUGAAAAUUUCUGGCAAUCCUAAAACGAGUCCGAUUUUACAGCAAACACUAGUUAUGCAAAAAGGUUUCCCACAAGCUGUAUAAAUAGUGAAUGAUUCUUGCGAAUUAUGCUACCAACGAAAAUAGCUAGUUAAAAUUUUGCUAAUUCACGCGAUGAGAAGAAUAAAUGUAGAAUUAAAUAUUAGUGU